AUGAAGACAAGCAGCGGAGAAGACCUUGCCAAAGACACUGUCGUAACAGCAAGCGAACUAAAUCCCGAAACCCCCAAACCGCAUACGAUUUUGUCUGAAAGGGCGAAAAUAUGCACGAUACUAGUUGGGGCUACGAUGGCCUUUUUAGCGCCUGUGUCGGCUGAUAUUUACUAUCCUGCUCUUGGCCAGUUGUCGCAUGAUCUCCAUGUUUCGACAAGCACGAUCAAUUUCACCAUUCACCUCUUAUCGAUCCAAGGCAUCAUCCCGCUCUUCACUGCCACCUUUUCCGAUCAAUAUGGUCGUCGACCAAUUGCCCUAGCGGGUCUGAUAAUCUACGUCGGCAUUAACAUCGGCCUAGCCCUACAAAAGAGCUUUCCAGCCCUACUCGUCCUCCGAUGCUUCCAGAGCUUCGGCGGCAGUGGAGUUUCCAUCGUCGCCAUGGGGCUGACCACCGAUGUCGUUACCAGAGCAGAGCGAGGGAAAUACCUGGUUUAUUCCAGCAUGGGAUUUACCUUAGGCCCGGCUCUGGGACCUCUCCUGGGGGGUCUCUUCACUCAGUUCCUCGGAUGGCGCAGUAUCUUCUGGUUUCUGGCCAUAUUCGCCAGUCUGACCAUCGCUCUACUCGUCGGUUUCCUCCCAGAGACAUGUCGCUGUCUAGUAGGUAACGGCAGCGUGCCCGCGCAGCCAUGGAACAGAUCCCUACUACAGAUCGCCAACCGGGAUUCCCAGCCCUUGCCAGACACCGACACCGUAGUCGGUUUGAAAUCGCGCCCAGGCCCAUUAAGCACGCUCAAGCUCGCACUAGAAAAAGAAGCCGGCAGCUUGAUUCUCUUCACCGCAGUCCUCGACUGCGGAUACUCCGCCAUCCUAAGCAGUCUACCAUCCCUACUCGAGACCCGAUACGGAUACAACUCGCUCCAAAUCGGCCUCUGCUACUUCCCCUACGGCCUCGGCGCGCUCUCCUGCCGCUGGACCGUAGGCAAACUAGCCGACUGGAACUUUCGAGGCCACGGGCGCCUCGCAGGUCAACAAAUCGCAGGGAACAUCCAGCCCCGGCUGCAGGAGAUCCCGGUCGAGAAGGCGCGGUUACAGAUUGCGCUGCCACUAGUGUAUGCCAGCUGCGCGAUGAUCGUCAUCUACAGCUGGGUGAUGAAUUACAAUGUUCACGUUGCCGGGCCACUAGUCAUGUUAUUCUUCAUCGCGCUGUCGGUGUCAGGGGCGAUCACGACGCUGAACGCGUUGAAUGUCGACUGUCAUGCCGACAGGGCGGCGUCGACCAUGGCGGCGAUCAAUGUCUUUCGGUCCACGUUCAGUGCGGGUGCCAUUGCGGCUGUCGUGCCGCUGAUUGAGAGGAUCGGGCUGGGCUGGACGGGGACUUUGGUAGCGGCGAUAUGGUUGGUGUGUAGUUUUCUUCUGUGGGUGGUUUAUGUGUAUGGGUUUUUGUGGAGGGUAGGGGAUGAUGAAGAGGUAAAGGCUUGAAUGUGGGGUGGCAUGCCU